AUGAAAGUUCCCGGAUUGCGCACACUCCCUGGUUUGAAUAUAAUGAACACAACAAUAUCUCUUUUCUGCAUGCAAGUAACUUAUACAGCAGCAAAUGUUUUACGAAGGUCGUCCUUGCUUUGUCAGAUAACAGGUGUAAUUUUGCACUAUUUCUGGCUUUCCCAGUGUUGUUGCCUCUUUAUCUGUUCUCUUCAUAUGUUCAGGACAUUUUCUUCUCACAGAUACAAGUCUGGAAACAAUCGUGGCCAGAAUAUCAGGUCGAUAUUUACAUGUUACACUUUUUUCUGCUACUUCACACCCUUAAUUAUUGUUGUUGCUAAUGUGAUGUUCACGUUUGGUUUAGAAGGGAACAUCGGUUAUGGGAAAUAUCUGUGCUUCGUUGAAAACCUUGCUCAAAACAUCGCCACGUUUGUUGUUCCAUUGACUGUCACUUGUACGGUAAAUACUGUCUUGUUUAUUCUUACUCUUCUUAACAUAAAUUUUGUCAAAAACAUCAGAAAAUCAAAAGAGAACACAUCAGAGCUCCUUAUUUCAAUCAAACUAUUCAGUCUGACGGGAACGGUAUGGAUUCUCCAAGUGUUAGAUAGUCUAUUACAUAUUUCAGUUUUUUCGUUUGUGGUAACCUUUCUGACAUCGUCACAGGGCUUUUUUAUUUUCCUGAGUUUUUCUACAUCUUCGAGAAUUUUAAAAUACUUGGAAUCUCUUUUGGGGAAAAGAAACAAUAUGGGGUUAGGAGAAAAAAUGGAAAAAUGCAACAUAGAAGCUACACUUGGCAUUACAGGGACUACUUCAAACACCCUCGAAGCUUCAGUCAGCUACAAUUCUACCGGAACAGCGUAA